CACCAACCAUCGAACCUCUGGAUUUCUUGCGUUCGAAAGAAAGACCGGCCGUGGUUCUUCUUCAAUUUUCAGAAUCAUAUCCCCCCCCCGAGAGGAAUUGAAUUGAUCCUCUACAUUCAUUCCCUUCCUACGCGACACAGUCUCCUUGUUCUCACGCAUUGCAUCGAAACGAAGGAACACCCGCAGCACCGCGAGCCGUCGGCCCAAACACCCACCAAUCGACAUCCAUCCCAUCCAUCCCAACAACGCAACCCAACACCCGCAUUCCCUUCCUUACCUCGCACCCACCAUGCGCUUCGGCACGACGCUCCGCAAGAGCAUCUACCCGCCGUGGAAGGCGUACUACGUCGACUACGAGAAGCUGAAGAAGCUUCUCAAGGACAGCGACGACAGCGCGUCGCCGAUCGACGAGGACGACGACAAGUGGACCGACGAGGACGAGACGGCCUUCGUCGACGAGCUGAUCCACGUCCAGCUCGAGAAGGUGCACCGGUUCCAGUCUGAGGUCGCGCAGAAGCUACGGGACAGGACCACCGCCUGCGAGAAGAAGCUCGAGCCGCUUGCUGUUGGCAUCAAAGGCGACCAGCAACAGCAGAAAGAUGAUGGCGCGCAGACGUACGCCGAGGCAGCGAAGCCGGAGCCCGCGGCCACCGCGAAGCAGGAAUUGAAGCCCGAGGAGAGGGAGAAGCUGCUGAAGGAGGUGCUUGCGGAGUUGGAUGAUAUCACGAAGGAGGUGAAUGAGCUGGAGAAGUACAGCAGGAUCAAUUACACGGCGUUCUUCAAGGCGACGAAGAAGCAUGACCGCAAGCGCGGCGGUGCGUAUAGGCUGCGCGCCUUUUUGGAGACGAGGCUUGCGGCGCAUCCGCUCAACAAGGAGGACCAUUCGCCGCUGCUGUUUAGGUUGUCGGCGAUGUAUUCUUUUGUCAGGCAGAGCUUGGAGGGGAAGACGAGUGAGGCGUUGUCGUUUGCGGAGAGCACGACUGGUGGGGAGAGCUUCACGUCGCAUAAGUUCUGGAUCCACAAGGACAACAUCCUCGAGGUCAAGACGGUCAUUCUCCGUCGCCUGCCGGUGCUCGUGUACAAUCCCCAGACUUCGAAGGUCGCAGAGGGCUCUCAGCGCGAUCCUACCCUCACGUCGAUCUACUUCGACAACCCCAAGUUCUCGCUGUACACCGACAAGGUGAACCAUACUCCCAAUGCCGGAUCAUUGCGCCUUCGCUGGUAUGGACAGCUCGCCGAGAAGCCCGAAAUCGUGUUCGAGAAGAAAGAGAUCAAGGAUGGGGAUGCCAGCGAAGAGCAGAGAUUCCCGAUCAAAGAGAAGUACAUUGAGCAAUUCAUCGAGGGAAAGUACAAGAUGGAGAAGACCAUCCAGAAGAUGGAGUACCAGAAGAAGGACGCCGAGACCAUUGAAGGCUUCAAGAAGGCCGUCGACGACAUCCAGUCCUUUAUCAAGAAGAACGAGCUCCAGCCCGUACUCCGCGCCAACUACACCCGCACCGCGUUCCAGAUCCCCGGCGAUGACCGUGUGAGGAUCUCUCUAGACACCAAUCUUGCCACCAUCCGCGAGGAUUCCCUUGACCACGACCGACCGUGCCGUGAUCCCGAGGACUGGCACCGCAGGGACAUCGACGGCUCCCAGAUGGAGUACCCAUUCAAGGCCAUCCGCAAGGGCGAGAUCAACCGCUUCCCCUACGCGCUGCUCGAGAUCAAGACCAAGGGAAUGAAGAAGUACGAGUGGAUUGAGGACCUCAUGAACUCUCAUCUCGUCAAGGAGACGCCCCGUUUCUCCAAGUUCGUGCACGGUGUUGCCAUGCUCUUCGACGACAACGUCAACACAUUCCCCUUUUGGCUGAGCGAUAUCGACACCGACAUCCGACAGGAGCCCCAGCAAGCCUUUGAGGAGGAGCAGGAGCGCAAGAAGAAGGCUGCCGAGGACGACUUCGCCGUGGGAAGUCUGUUCGGCGCAAAGGCGAGCCCCAGCUACCGUCCCUCCGUCACCUCUCCCGUCGGAUCACCCGUCGUCUCCAAGUCCCUCACCAAGCGCGCAACCUCCAACGCCUCUGGCCUACAAACCAGCCAAAACGUCUCAGACGACAUCCCUUCCAACGGCAAGAAAGCCACCGAGGAGCCCGAUUCCGACGAGGACGACGAAGGCACCGCCCUCCUCAAGAACCCUUUCUCCCAAUCCACGGGCCUCCGCUCCCUCUUCCCCUCCUUCACAUCCAACUCCAAAUACGCCCGCGCCAAACAACAAGACCGCAUCCAACUGCCCCCCGGCGUCCGGGACCCCGGCGUCUGGAUCAAAGACCAAGGCCCCGUGCGCGUCGAAGCCAAAGUCUGGCUCGCAAACCAGCGCACCUACAUCAAAUGGCAGCACGUCUCCGUGCUGCUCGCGUCCCUCUCCCUCGGCCUCUACAACGCCGCCGGCGAAGACAAUAACAUCGCACGCUCCCUCGCCGUCGUGUACACCCUCAUCGCCGCCUUCACCCUCGCCUGGGGCUGGGGCAUGUACAUGUGGAGGAUGAAGCUCAUCAAGCAGCGCAGCGGCACGGACUUCGAUAACGUGGUUGGGCCGAUGGUCGUGUGUGUGGGACUGGCUGUCGCGUUGGUGCUGAAUUUCGCGUUUAAGUACAACGCCAUCGUCAACGACAAGAAUCGUCACGCGGGACACUCAUCACCCAACGCGACGCUCUCCGGGGGCGAGAGGAUCGAACUCGUCAGGUAGAGGUUUCGUGUAGUGGGUCUGCAACGCGUCCUUGUUGAAUCUAAUGUUAUAUUACUGCACUGCACUGCAUAUAUCUAUGUGCCCGCGAGAGAGAGGGGGAAAUCUUUGUACAGUUACAUAUUUCUUGUUUCUGGUGUCAUGUUGUAUCUAUCUAUGUUCGUAUCCGGUUUUCAUAUUCCAUAUAGUUGCACGGAGGGGUGGGGUGGGGAAUAUACGUCUGUUCUAUGGCGAUAAUUGACCAUUAUUACCGUCAGAG